ACACGUCUUCCUUACAAAAUCAACGUGGUACUGCCCAGUACCAGACUACAACAUGGCGUCCAGCAGUGGAAAGAAGUACGGUUUGAUCACCCAUCAGUCCAAGAAGACACCAGUCCUCCUGCCUAAACUUGCUGCCUUCGGAGACUCUAGUGAUGAAGAGGAAUCAGCACACUCGGCCGUCAAUCAGUCACUGCAGUAUGAAGCACAGAAGCAGAAAGUCAAAAAACAGACACAACUUGAGAUCCAGCGGGCUUUAGAAGAGGACCCAACGGUCUAUGAGUAUGACAGUAUCUAUGACUCUAUGGAGCAGAAGAAACAAGAGAAGGCCAGGGCCAUGAAAGCAACCAAGGACUCCAAGGACAAGUUACCAACGGGAACAAACAGGGCCUCCUGGAAGCUCGACAAAAUCGAAAUCCUCCUGAAGAUCCUGCUGAUCUCCCACGACAAGUACGUCAAGGCCAAAUCCAGCUCGAGGGUGGGCACCUUCUACGCCGAAAUGGGCGAGAUGCUCGGGCAAUCGGGCAUGAAAGUGGAGAACCUCAUGAAGAAUUUGGGAAGGGAGUACCGGGACAUGGUGUGGCAGAUGGAGGAGAGUGAUGCCCAGGGUUUCCCCGCGCCGGCCCGGUUGAGAGGCUCCCAGAAACUCUUCUGUCUCUUCCAGGAGUUUGCCCGGAUGUACGGCAUGCUCAAGGAGAAGAGGAACAGGCCUGCCCAGUCCCCUCAAGGUGCCACCGAUGUUGCCGCCAUACCUUAUACGGAGGACAGCAAAUCGGACAUUCAACUUGAGAUGGUUACAGAUGACGCUGGGUUUUCUCUGCAUCCACCUUUGGAAGAGACACCAUCCGGCUCCAACGCCGAUGCACCUUAUCCAGUCCGAUUUCACACAGAAGACUUCCUUGGGGAGCAUCCAACGCCACAAAAUGCCCGUGCCGUUUCCAAAAGUAGUGUUUCGCAUCCGGCCACCUCAUCAACCAUGGCAGACAUUGACACCAAUCCCUUCAAGGCGACAAGAAAAAAGAGGAAGUUCCCACAGUCAGUUCGUCCGUCCAUGUACCCAGGGUUGGUGAGGAAGCGGGGCAGACCAAGAACUAUCCCCAGGUUCACGUCAGGGAGAAAACGGAAGCGACAGGAAGAUGACACAGACAACCCCACUUGCUCGAGUCGAAAGAGAACGUGCUCCUGCCAGGACAAAACCUCUAAGUUUGAGGAGCAGCUUCUUAGCGUGCUCUCCGGUAUCGGACGAGAGCUCCAGCUGCUCAGGCGUGGUUUCUUCACGGUGUACAACAUCGGGGAAGAACCAGACCAAGAGGCCGAGGAGAAUUUAUUAAGCGAUGAAGAGGAUUUAGAAGAUGACUAUGAUGAUGAUGAUGAUGAGGAUGGUGUUGGUGAUAGGCACAGCAGUACCCUGCCUAAUGUUGUAUUUCCUUGAGUUGAACAGAACCUUCGAGACUUGGCCUUUUGAGUCUUGACCUUUGACACCUGAACCAAACCAGAAGCAUAUUGGCUUGUUUAGUCUUUAAGAAUGACAAAUGUGACGUGGUAUGUCAAAACCAGGCAGAAUUGGGUAGAGGUACGAAUGGACAAACAGCUGCAAAUGACAUUGGGGUGAUUUUUUUUUUAACUUUGUGUCGCCACUUAUGUUUAAAACGUUCUGUAAAAGUUUCAAACUGAAAUUUCAUUGACAAAGUACUUUCAAAACACUUUUAGAGACGCGUGUAAUUUCACAAAAUGACAUUUUGUUUAAAUUUCGUUUUGAAAUGACGCAAAAUUAACGUGGCAUUUUAGACAAUCCAAAUUCAAACUUUAAUAACUUUGCUUUGGGAUAUCCAAUUUCAAAAAACAAAGUGGCGUUUGAAAUAACAACGUCUAUAUUUUACUUAUAUUGCUAUAACUCAAAAGUGACUUCUUGACCAAAAGUGCUUGAUUUUGACGUACCACAUCACACGUGGAUAUUACAUAAUGCAUGUUGACGGACUCAGUGCACCAACUGUAAAGGGUGUUGUGUCAAGGAGAUAGAAUUCUCAUAUACAUGUAGAAGCCUUUUAUAAGCAUUGGACUCCAAGUAUUUUUUUAUUUAUCAGUCUGUUUAGCCUAUUGAGCCGAUUUCAGCACAACAUUUUUGUUUUUUGUUGCAACAGUGAAAGUUCUGUAAAAAUCUUGAAUGUAAAUGUAUUAAGGAGCUGAACUUUGAUC